AUGGAGAGAUACAAAAUUUCUUCAGCUAAGAGGUUUCAAAAUCGAAAGCAAAGCACAAAAUUGCACACCAUUGUGGAUCAAUUGAUAAUGCUCGAUCAUAGAAUUCGAGCAUGCUAUCACAAAUAUUUAGACAUUAGUAGAGAAACAUUAGCAUGGAAGAUGGCUAUUGACUCUGCCUUUUUGCUUGAGAUUAUUGACAUUUAUAGCAACAAAGAAGGAAAGUUUUUAUGUCAAACUUCUUCCAAGAUUGUUGAUUUUGCAAGAAGGAAAUCGGUAUAUAACACUAUCUUGAGGGAUAUUAUGAUGUUGGAAAAUCAAAUUCCUCUAUUUGUCCUAAGAAAAAUUUCGAAUUAUUGGUUUCAUUCUUCAAAUAUGGUUGAUGAAAUAUUGGAUGAUGUCCUAGUUGGCUUAUGUAAAGAUGUUUCUCCUUUCAAAAUGUUGAAUUGGGCACAAAUUCAACCCUCUUCUUGUGCGCAUAUUCUAGAAUUUUUGUACAAAAGAUUGGCUCCUAAAGUAGAAGAAACGGUUGAAAUCGACGAAAAUGUUAAUCAAGGCAUCAAUGAGGAAAGAAGGUUAUGUAAGUUGCUUUCACAACUUAAGGAGUCCUUACAUCAAAUUCCACUUAAAGCCCCAUUUUUGUCUGCUGUUGUUUUGCCUAAGGAAAAUAAUUUCGAAAAUCCUAUUGACACCAAAUCUACUCAAGACAACAUGCCACCUUUAUUUGAAGAAAUUAUGAUCCCAUCUGUCAUUGAACUUUCAAAAUCCGGGGUCACAUUUUUGCCUGUUAAUGGAGAUAUAAUGAGUAUUAAUUUUGAUCAAAAGAGUAAGAAAUUCUAUCUCCCUACCAUUAGUAUAGAUGAUAACACCGAGGUUAUUCUACGAAACCUAGUAGCAUUUGAGGCAUCAAGCACAUUAGGUCCAUUAGUAUUUACUCGUUACACCGAGGUAAUGAAUGGCAUUAUUGAUACAAAAGACGAUGUAAGGCUCUUAAGAGAGAAAGGGAUUAUACUCAACUACUUGAGAAGUGAUGAAGAGGUUGCUAAUCUUUGGAAUGGGAUGAGUAAGUCAUUGAGAUUAACAAGAGUUUCUUUCUUGGAUGAAGUCAUUGAUAAUGUCAAUAGGUAUUAUGAAGGGAAUUGGAAGGUCCUAUUAAGUAGAUUCAUGAACGCAUGUUUAAUCAAUUCUUGGCAAUUUUUAGUAUUCAUAGUAGCUGCUUUAAUCUUGUCAUUGUUGAUAUUACAAGUAUUAGGUUCACUCUUGUACAAUGCUCGCAUGGUUGGUCCACAUCCUCAAGGAUGA